UAAUGCAGUAAGUAGAGACAGAUCGAACAAAGACCUAAAUGGAGGGAGUAACACGAUACGAAUCGAAGAGAGAGAAGAGAGAGACAACGAGACUACAGAAUCAUAUAAGUGAAACAGAAUGAAUGAGACGACUGAGACACAGUUGAUCGCGAGAACAGGGAAAGUAUCGGUUCGUUCAUAGAUGAAGGGCGAAGAAAAAUAAUAGGAGAGAAAAGACUGCAUUGGAGAAAGAAUACAUUAGUUCGAAAUGCAAAAGGGAGGAAUGCAUAGAAGGAAAUAGGGAAGCAGAUCGACGUCAGAGCGACGAAGAUAGCUGAAGAACGAAGGGUCAAGUGAGAUGGAAAAUAAGGGAGAAACUACGUGAAAGGCAGGCUGAGUCGGAUGAACGAAGAACGCGCUUCGGCGAGUGCGAGAAGGAUAAAAAAGUUCGAGAAGUUAAGGGAGAACUCGGGAUUGAAAGAAAAAAAGAGAGAAACGGAAGGAGAGAAGAGGACCGAGACAGAGCUUCGCAGAUAAAAGAGAGGGUGCGCUUUCCCGCGAAGGGUGAGAGAGGAAAAAGGCCAGGGUGGGAGAGCUAGCUACCACUGCACAGCUACACCCACGGCGACGAUCGAGGCGGACCUCAGUCGUCCGCGCACCCUCGAACAGCGAGGUGGUCGUGCUCGGUGGUGAAUAGUAUUCAUCUCGUAGCUCUUUUGCCGCUGCCAGCACCAAGUGGUGCAAGCCACGUCUACUCCGCUUGUUUCAGCUGACCUCCGAUCUGUGCGACGUUUCCCGCCGACGUCACAGCUGUGCGGGCAUUCGACCUUUGGCGACUGAUAAAGGAAUUGAAAGAAAUUAAACAUCUGAACAAUGUGAGAGGAAUAUAUGGACGGACACCACACAGACUGGGUAGACUCGGCGAAAUUACGAACACGUGGCGAGACGUGAAGCGGGCGUUUAGCCUGCUGUGCGUGAAAAAAUUUUUCGGCAGCGCGACAAUGCUGGAGGCGCCGCCAGGAAGUCGCGAGGAUCUUGUAGAGGCGGCAAGAACUCCAUGUACACCUACUGAUCUGGACACGAUGCUGUAUGGAUACACUAACGGCAUAUACGUGCUGGACCACACGCCUGAAUCCUUGCCGGACAUGGAUAUGCUGCAACUGUUCGCGUCUCCAGCAGGUCGAGCGCUGCUCACGAGCGACAAUCGGCCAAGGGGAUCGACGUCGACCUCCUCCUUGUCUCGAGACUCCUCGUCGAGGCUGAAGAAGGGCAGGAGAUCAUCGGGCAACGGCACAGUUAGUGCACCAACGUCGCCACCAAGACGACGAAAGUCAAGUGCAGAACUCUAUAAGGAGGCGGUCGAGAUUCUCGGUCUCACUUGCUCACUAACUGAUAGUUGCAGAUGCAUCGAUUGCCAGAGCAAUUACUUCAACUGUGAAGACGAUUGUGCCGACGCUGGUGCAGAAUUGGCUGCAGGCACUCCUAUUUUAUUGGACCACGCUCUGUCGCAUCAUCUGACUGUGUGUUCCAUACAGUAGCAGACGACCAGCAGACAAAGAUUUCGAAAUCGGCCCUGUGUUAAUCCGCUCUGCCACGUGUUUCAGAAGAGGAAGAUGACGUUAUUGGCGUGCCGACUUCUUCCAGAAAUUGCACACAUUCACUUUAAAAUCAACAAAAAUCAGCGAGACUGAGAAUAAACAGAGCGGCAACGAUAUUACACUGCAAUCGAACAUGUAACGGAAAAAUGAAGUCAUUUAUUUUUUAUUUUGUAGAAUUCAUUCAAAUA